AUGCGUUUCAACGCUGCUUUGGCUUCGGCCCUGGUCUCGUCGGCCGGCCUGAUGGGCUACGUCCACGCCGAGGACGAGGUGCCUGCUCCAGACGCCACCUCUGCCGUCGAGCGUCCUACUUUCACUCCUUCCACCAUCAAGGGUCCCUUCGUCGAGCAAUUCACCGAUGACUGGGAGAAGCGAUGGACCGCCUCCCAUGCCAAGAAGGCCGACUCCGACUCGGAGGAAGACUGGGCCUACGUUGGAGAGUGGGCUGUUGAGGAGCCUACCGUCUUCAAGGGUAUCGAGGGUGACAAGGGUCUCGUGUUGAAGAACGCCGCCGCCCACCACGCCAUCUCGGCCAAGUUCCCCAAGAAGAUUGACAACAAGGGAAAGACCCUCGUUGUGCAGUAUGAGGUCAAGCCCCAGAACUCUCUUGUUUGCGGUGGUGCCUACCUGAAGCUGCUCCAGGAGAACAAGAAGCUCCACGCAGAGGAGUUCUCCAACACCACUCCUUACGUGAUCAUGUUUGGUCCGGACAAGUGCGGAAGCACCAACAAGGUCCACUUCAUCUUUAACCACAAGAACCCCAAGACUGGCGAGUACUUUGAGAAGCACUUGACUAGCCCCCCCACCCCCCGUACCGAAAAGACCACCUCUGUCUACACCCUCAUUGUCAACCCUGACCAGACCUUCGAGAUCUUGAUCGAUGGCGAGAGCGCCAAGGCCGGUUCUCUCUUGGAGGACUUCACUCCCCCGGUCAACCCCCCCAAGGAAAUUGAUGACCCCAAGGACAAGAAGCCCGACACCUGGGUUGACGACGCCAAGAUCGCCGACCCCGAGGCCAAGAAGCCCGAGGACUGGGAUGAGGAGGCUCCUUUCGAGAUCGUCGAUGAGGAAGCCACCAAGCCCGAAGACUGGCUGGAAGAUGAGCCUCUUACCAUUCCUGACCCUGAGGCCGAGAAGCCCGAGGACUGGGAUGAUGAGGAAGAUGGUGACUGGGUUGCCCCCACUGUUCCAAACGCCAAGUGCACUGAAGUCUCCGGCUGUGGUCCCUGGUCUGCUCCUUUGAAGAAGAACCCUGCCUACAAGGGCAAGUGGGUUGCUCCUUUCAUUGACAACCCUGACUACAAGGGACCUUGGGCUCCUCGUAAGAUCGCCAACCCCGAGUUCUUUGAGGACAAGACCCCGGCCAACUUUGAGCCUCUGGGAGCUAUUGGUUUCGAACUCUGGACCAUGCAAAACGACAUCCUGUUUGACAACAUCUACAUUGGCCACUCUGUUGAAGAUGCUGCCGAGUUCCGCAAGGAGACUUUCGAAGUCAAGAAACCCAUCGAGACUGCUGAGGAGGAAGCCGCUAAGCCCAAGCCUGAGACCAAGGGCCCCAGUGGUGUCUCUUUCCAGGAAGACCCUGUCGCUUUCAUCCGCGAGAAGGUCGAUCUUUUCAUCAGCCUUGCCAAGCAGGAUCCCAUUGAGGCUGCCAAGACUGUUCCUGAGGUUGCCGGUGGAUUGGGCGCCAUUUUGCUUGCCACUAUCCUGUUCAUUGUUGGUGCUAUCGGUGCUAGCAGCCCGGCCCCAGCCAAGGCCGCCGAGAAGGGCAAGGCUGCUGCUGGUUCUGCCAAGGAGAAGGCCGCUGAAGGUGUCAGCUCCGCCACGGACGCUGCCAAGGGUGCCACCAAGCGUGCUACUCGCUCUGGUUAA